CAGCAUCACAUUCCUGUGUUUUUCUUCAGCCUGGAAAAUAUAUUAGUGCUGGUGCUUUCCUCUCUGGAAACAAAGGAGCUAGACGGGACUGAGGAAGCAAGGAGCGGGGAGGAGGUUUGGGAAGUUUAAAAGAGAGUGACUUGGAGCAACCAGAAGUUCCCUUUUCUUAAAUGAAAUCCCUGCCUGUGUGGGUAACCGGUACAGCAAAAAUCCAGACCUGCAGGUAAAUGGAGAAGCAGAGAUCACAAAGGAAAUUUCCGCUAACCUCAUCCUGCCUGUCAAGAAGGUGAAGAAGAAAGUUAUAAGACGCACAACAGGCUCUGCGAUCUGUUGUGCUGCAUAAAGAUAAAUCACUGAACAACAGUAAAGCUGUAUGGCACUGGUCUCCUUUUAAAGGAAAAAGACGUGAGAACUCGUCUCUGGCAGGGGAACGUCCCUGAGAGUAUUGCACAAUGAACUGGAGGCCAGCUCUCAGCUUAGCCCUGCUGUGGGCAGCAUGGUUGGUGUGUGGCUCUGAGAAGACAGAGAGGCUAGUGGAAAGGGGGAGCCAUGGAGUUAGGAAAGUGCCCCUGGCUUACAGGGCUUCAAGCAGCCUCCUGAGAAGGUCUGGAGCAUCUCCGAGGAAUUCAAGCCCGAAUCCUCAACACCCUGUCACCAAGAGGGAUUCUUCAGCACCUCCAAAGCCACCCGCCAAUCUCCUGCAAGGGGAAGCACAUUCCCAGGCCAGGGGCACAGGGACCAGAAUGAGACUGGUACAGAGACUCACAGCUGCAGCCAAAUACCCCAAGUCCAAGAUGAUUAAGGAUGAAGGGAUAUCCUCUGCCACCCAGUCACGAGGGGUACAUUUCCCUUCAGGGUCAAGUUCUCCCAAUAUCCUGGCCAGCUUUGCUGGGAAAAAUCGGGUGUGGGUUAUUUCUGCCCCCCAUGCCUCUGAGGGCUACUACCGGCUCAUGAUGAGCCUGCUGAAAAAUGAUGUUUACUGUGAACUGGCUGAGAGGCACAUCCAGCAGAUUGUGUUGUUCCAUGAGGAAGGGGAAGAAGGGGGAAAAGUUAGAAGGAUAACAAAUGAAGGAAAAAUCCUGGAACAGCCACUAGAUCCUGCCCUCAUCCCUAAGCUCCUGAGCUUUCUGAAACUAGAGAAAGGGAAAUUUGGCAUGGUACUGUUGAAGAAAACCCUGCAAGUGGAGGAACGGUAUCCUUAUCCAGUCAGGCUAGAGGCCAUGUAUGAAGUCAUUGAUCAGAACCCUAUCAGAAAAAUUGAGAAGAUGAGGCAGAAGGGUUUCAUCCAGACAUGCAAAGCAGCUGGGGUGGAGGGGCAAGUGGUUGAGGAAGGCAAUAAUGGGGGUACCAUGCAGCCUGCCCAUGGCAGUGAACAUGUCCAGGUGUCAGCAAGGAAGGAGGAUCCAAGGAAGAGCAAUCAUCAACCAACAAGGGUCAAAAUAGUGAGGAAACCAAUGACAACCACAGUGGCCACUCCUCUGCCUACAGUAAGGACCACUACCCUCCCUCCCACCACGACUACUCGUGCCACCACCCAUGCAGUGACAACAGCCAGCCAGUCUACAACCACACCCCUGCCCAGCACACAGAGGACCUGGACCGUGAAGACACAUUCCAUCACAGAGUACCACAGGCUGCCAGGAGUUCCCGAUACCACCACACCACAAGUCACAGCCUCUGAAGACUCCUACUCUCCUGUGUGGAAAACAAGCCGCAGGGACCGGCAGCGCGGCCACCAAGAGAAACAACUGGCAGCCACACGGAAACCAAGCAAGACUGCCCGCUAUGACAGUUUCACAGAACUCCCAACGUCUCCCUCAGUGCACUAUACAAAGGCAAACGUGGGUAGAUUUAAAGAUAACAGAACUGACAGAAAGGACUUUAACCACAGGGACCUGAAUGUCACACCUGGGCAACACAAACCAACUAAGACAAAACCACCAAAAAAGAAGACGCAAGAAAAGAUACUCAGUAAUGAGUAUGAAGAUAAAUACGACCCUAGCAAGCCUGCUAGUUCCCAUUUAGAGGAACAGUUUGCAGUGGGAAAUAUUCCCCAAAAGAAAGGAAAAGAAUCAAAGAAGCAUGACCGAAUGGAUAAACCUGAGAAGAAGAAGAAGAAGGACAGACCUGACAAGCAGCAAAAGAGUGAGAAGCAGUCCAAGAAGGUCAAAGCUGAAAAAAAGAGCAAGAAGGACAAAGACCGCAGUAAGAAGAAGAAGGGAAGCAGGACUGAGAAUGAGGAUUUUCCCAAGUCUAACAAGAAGACUUUCCUACAGCCUCCCAGGAAAUCAGUAACUAACCUCCUGGAAUAUUUUGAAGGCAAGAGGAGACUCAUUCUGAUCACAACCCCCAAGGUGGACAACACCAUGUACAUACAGCAGCGAGACGAGUAUCUGGAGAGCUUCUGCAAGAUGGCAACAAGGAAGAUCUCAGUCAUCACAAUUUUUGGCACCAUGAACAACAGCAGCAUGAAAAUUGACCACUUCCAGCUAGACAAUGAAAAGCCCAUGAAAGUGGUAGAAGAUGAAGAUCUUGUGGACCAGCAGCUCAUCAGUGAGUUGAGGAAAGAGUAUGGGAUGACCUACAAUGAUUUCUUCAUGGUGCUGACAGACACUGACAUGAGGGUCAAGCAAUACUAUGAAGUACCCAUAGCAAUGAAGUCUGUGUUUGAUUUGAUUGACACCUUCCAAUCAAGAAUUAAAGACAUGGAAAGACAGAAAAAAGAGGGCAUUGUCUGCAAAGAAGAUAAGAAGCAAUCCCUUGAGAGCUUCUUAUCCAGGUUCCGAUGGAGAAGGCGCCUGGUGGUGAUCUCUGCUCCCAGUGAUGAAGAUUGGGCUUAUUCCCAGCAGCUUGCCGCUCUCAGUGGACAAGCCUGCAAUUUUGGUCUGCGCCACAUAACUAUCCUCAAAUUGCUGGGAGUUGGAGAAGACGUUGGAGGUGUCUUAGAGCUGUAUCCAAUUAAUGGAAGCUCAACUGUAGACCGAGAAGACAUCCCAGCUAAUUUGGUGAAAGACAUUCGGAAUUAUUUCCAAAUUAGCCCGGAAUAUUUCUCCAUGCUUCUAGUGGGGAAAGAUGGCAACGUCAAAUCCUGGUAUCCAUCUCCCAUGUGGUCUAUGGCAAUUGUGUAUGACCUGAUUGAUUCCAUGCAGCUCCGGCGCCAGGAAAUGACAAUUCAGCAGUCGCUGGGCAUGCAGUGCCCCGAUGAUGAGUAUGGUGGGUAUGGCUACCACAGCUACCACCAGGGCUACCAGGAAGGCUACCAAGAUGACUACCGUCACCAUGGAAGUUACCACCAUGGAUAUCCAUACUGAACAGAGUUACUUAGCCUCUGGCUGCCCCCGUGUCUGUCUUCCAAUAGCUAUCCAAGCAAUAUGUGGCCAGUUGCAGAAAAUCUUCCCAGGCCGCUUAGAUAUCCAUGCCUUGUUCUUCUACUGUUCAAUCAAGGGACUUGGGCCAUUUGCCUUCUCAAAAAAUGCAAAAGCCUUUACAGUGAAGCAAUUCAAACCAGUAGCAUUGAAGCUUUAAACAAUAAAGACUCCUUUAUAUUUUUAAACCUUUAUAAACAAAGGCCAUCAGGUGCUGUUUGUAUUAAAACAAAACAAAAGACAGCCCCAGCCAUGGGCACUACAGUAGGGUAGGAAACAAACUGUCCAACAAUGUGUUUUUUACUACUUUUUCUUAGGAGACAAAAAAAAGUAUAUUUAUUGGAAAGUGAGAUUUCAUUAUGCUUAUGAAGAGAAAAAAAAAACCCCACAUUUUGUGUCUCUCCCAGAAAAGAAAAAUUUAAGAAAGAAACAUGGGGUAUGCUCUUUAAUAACAACAACAGUAAUAAAAUCUUUUUGAAACAGCAUGUUUAAAAAGACAGCAUCCCUUCUAGAGUGCAUUACUAUUGUAAUUAGCUGCCUUUAUGAAUGAAAAUAAGAUUUAUGGCUAUGGCAGAACUUGUUCCAAUAGAAUACAAUGUAAAGUUCUUAACUACAAA